AUGGCACGUGACGACAACCGCGAGGUCAGCGAUGGCUCUGUGCAAGAUGUAGCGUCAGCCGAGGAGGCGGCGAACUUCUCCGAGCUGGGGAAUUCUCAGACCGUUGUUGCAGCCAAACCCCGGUCGAAAAACCGCUCUGGGAAGAAGAAGUCUGUCUUCUGGGAUAAAGAUGCUGUUAUCGAGGGCAAGACGUCGAUUCGACUUGUGCUAAACUGGCUCACAACGCAGGGUAACUACGACAAAUGGCGCGGAUCUGAUCGCACCAACGGAAAGACGAAGGAGGCGCUCCUUAAGGAGAUUGUAGCAGAUCUACACAAAGCCAAACUGCUCCAUCGAGAUACGGCUGGGGUGAGGGAGAAAAUUAACCAGUUGGAGACAGGGUUUCGAAAAGUUGAAGAUUUUCUGGCGUGCACAGGGCAAGGCAUUACGAACGAGACUUCUCUACGCGCCGAAAUCUUACGACGGUGCGCUUACUACUACGAGUUGAAGGACGUCAUGACUGAUCGCCCGUCGGCCCGUCCGGAGAUGACCUCGGAUGAGAUAAAGGAGCGCGGUAUCAUCGCUACAAGUGCAGAAAAGCGGGCGAUGGCGCUCCAAACCGACAACGAACCUAACAAGCAGUGCAAAAUGGCCCCAGUGGAAGAGCUGCUGCUGCAGCAGACAAAAACCUUUGCAUCUCGUGAAAGCCAACGCGAACGUGCUUUCGAGAACAAAGCACACAAGCAAGCUUUGAAAGAGAGAGAACUGGCUUUGAAAGAGGCAAAAAAUCUACGAGAGCAAGCUCAAGCAGACGAAAAAGCUGCAGGAUGA